AUGAAAUCGCCAGCACCAUCACAUACGAGCGUGGAGUCGAAACCUGGUUCGGUGAUGUCUUCUAUACCAGCAUACCCUUGCGAUCAAUCACUAGGAAGUGCAGGGUCAUCCACCUCUCAAGCUGUCACACCAACUCCGCUGAACAUUAACGGUUCGGCUACCGAAGGCAGUUCAGCCACGAUUCUUCCGAACAAUGCUGCUGCUAAUAAAUCCUCUGAACGUAUUCGAGCCUUUGGCAAAGGUUUUCUCACACGACCCAUAUGUGUACAAGCGUUUAGCACAAAAACUCUACAAAAUCACCUGGCUGUGUCGGACAGUUGCGGAGGAGUUUAUAUUACCGAUGUGGAGGGAAAAAUCAAAGAACAUGUUCUUGUUAAGAACUCAUCCGCUAGUUCGGUAGCUAUCGAUGAGAAAAGCGAUGUGAUGUACGUAAGUAUAAUGCAAUCGAAAGGUCGUUCCGUUCAUGUUUUCGACAUUGCCAACGGCUUCAAGAAAUUAGACAUAAUUGUAUGCCCUAAGGAUCCCAAAAUAGAGAUGAGCCGAACACGAUGGCUCACCGUUGGCCCACGUGGACAACUG